CCGCGAGGCGAGAGUUUGCACGGCGUCGGAGAUCUCGCGGCUCUGCGUUCCUCCGAGCGGCGGACUUCCGAGUCGAGUCGAGUUUUAUUUAAGAGUACCGACUGGUUCCGAUCAGAGAGCGAGAGAAACCAAGGCGUUUGAAAAGCGGAACAUUUCCAUAACCGAAUCAUGUCCGACAGCGAAGACAGCGACUUCUCCGACAACCAGAGUGAGCGCAGCAGCGACGGAGAAGCGGAGGAGGCGGAGGAAAACGAGGAGGAGACUGCCAGUCCAGUGGGGAGUGACAAAGUUGCAGAGGAGGAAGGGGAGGACCUGGAGGAUGAGGAUGAGUAUGAUGAAGAGGAGGAGGAAGAUGAUGACGACCGUCCCAGGAAGAAGCCUAGACAUGGAGGGUUCAUCCUGGACGAGGCUGAUGUGGAUGAUGAGUAUGAGGAUGAAGAUCCUUGGGAGGAAGGAGCUGAGGAUAUCCUGGAGAAAGAGGAGGCUGAAGUGUCUAACAUAGACCAUGUGGUUCUGGACGAGGACAACUCUGGGUCCAGGAGACUGCAAAACCUCUGGAGAGAUUCCAGGGAAGAGGCGCUGGGUGAAUACUACAUGAGGAAAUAUGCCAAGUCAUCUGGAGGAGAGCAUUACUCUGGAGGAUCUGAGGAGCUUUCCGAUGACAUCACCCAGCAGCAGCUGCUUCCUGGAGUCAAGGAUCCUAAUCUCUGGACAGUCAAAUGCAAGAUCGGAGAGGAGCGCGCAACGGCCAUCGCGUUGAUGAGGAAGUUCAUCGCCUAUCAGUUCACAGACACACCUCUCCAGAUCAAGUCUGUGGUGGCCCCAGAGCACGUGAAGGGCUACAUCUAUGUGGAGUCCUACAAGCAGACCCACGUCAAGGCAGCCAUUGAGGGUGUGGGCAACCUCAGGAUGGGCUUCUGGAACCAGCAGAUGGUCCCCAUCAAGGAGAUGACGGACGUCCUCAAGGUUGUCAAAGAGGUUACCAACCUCAAACCCAAGUCCUGGGUCAGGCUGAAGAGGGGCCUCUACAAAGAUGACAUUGCUCAGGUGGACUAUGUGGAGCCCAGUCAGAACACCAUCUCUCUGAAGAUGAUUCCACGAAUUGACCUAGACCGCAUCAAAGCCAAGAUGAGCCUGAAAGACUGGUUUGCUAAGCGAAAGAAGUUUAAGAGACCAGCCCAGAGACUGUUUGAUGCAGAAAAGAUCAGGUCCCUGGGAGGGGAGGUAAGCCACGAUGGGGACUUCAUGAUCUUCGAGGGAAACCGGUACAGCCGUAAAGGAUUCCUGUUUAAGAGUUUUGCCAUGUCUGCUGUGAUCACAGAUGGUGUGAAGCCCACUCUCUCAGAGCUGGAGAAGUUUGAAGAUCAGCCUGAGGGAAUAGACCUGGAGGUGGUCACCGAGUCAGGUAAGGAGCGUGAACACAGCCUGCUGGCGGGAGACAACGUGGAGGUGUGUGAAGGAGAGUUGAUCAACCUGCAGGGUAAAAUUCUCAGUGUGGAUGGAAACAAGAUCACCAUCAUGCCAAAACAUGAGGACUUAAAGGACCCCCUGGAGUUUCCUGCCCACGAGUUGAGGAAGUAUUUCCGGAUGGGCGACCACGUCAAAGUCAUCGCCGGUCGCUUCGAGGGAGACACCGGCCUCAUCGUGCGGGUGGAGGAGAGCUUCGUCAUCCUCUUUUCUGACCUCACUAUGCACGAGCUGAAGGUUCUGCCCCGGGAUCUGCAGCUCUGCUCGGAGACGGCGUCGGGCGUGGAUGCGGGGGGACAGCACGAGUGGGGAGAGCUGGUCCAGUUGGACCCCCAGACUGUAGGGGUCAUCGUGAGACUGGAGAGAGAGACAUUCCAGGUGCUGAACAUGCAUGGGAAGGUGCUGACAGUGCGCCACCAGGCAGUGAACAGGAGGAAGGACAACCGCUUUGCAGUGGCACUGGACUCUGAGCAGAACAACAUCCACGUCAAGGACAUUGUCAAGGUUAUUGACGGACCACACUCGGGUCGUGAGGGUGAAAUCCGCCACCUGUUCCGUGGGUUUGCCUUCCUUCACUGUAAGAAGCUGGUGGAGAACGGAGGCAUGUUUGUCUGUAAGACCAGACACCUCGUGUUAGCUGGAGGAUCCAAGCCCAGAGAUGUGACCAACUUCACGGUGGGAGGCUUCGCACCCAUGAGCCCUCGCAUCAGCAGCCCCAUGCACCAUGGUGGAGGAGGCCAGCAGCAGAGAGGAGGAGGCGGAGGUGGAUUGGGGCGGGGCCGUGGAAGGAGAGACAAUGAUCUGAUUGGCCAGACCGUCCGCAUUUCACAGGGACCAUACAAAGGGUACAUUGGUGUGGUGAAGGAUGCGACAGAGUCUACAGCCAGAGUAGAGCUCCAUUCAACCUGUCAGACCAUCUCUGUCGACCGACAGCGCCUAACCACCAUGGGCGCUAAGAUACACAGAGGUAUGACCUCCACCCACGGUCGCACACCCAUGUACGGAUCCCAGACCCCCAUGUAUGCCACGGGGUCCAGAACACCCAUGUACGGGUCACAGACACCGCUCCACGAUGGAAGUCGGACGCCUCAUUACGGCUCCCAAACCCCGCUGCAUGAUGGGAGCAGGACGCCGGGACAGAGCGGAGCCUGGGACCCAAAUAACCCCAACACACCCUCCAGGAAUGAUGAUGAGUAUGACUUUGGCUAUGACGACGAGCCCUCACCCUCGCCUCAGGGAUAUGGAGGCACACCUAACCCCCAGACCCCGGGCUACCCAGAAGUCCCAUCACCGCAGGUCAACCCGCAGUACAACCCCCAGACCCCAGGAACACCCGCCAUGUAUAAUACAGAGCAGUAUUCUCCAUACGCUGCUCCCUCCCCACAAGGCUCCUACCAGCCCAGUCCCAGUCCCCAGAGCUACCACCAGGUGGCACCCUCACCAGUCGGUUACCAAAAUACGCAUUCUCCGGCUAGCUACCACCCUACGCCAUCUCCUAUGGCUUAUCAGGCCAGUCCUAGCCCCAGCCCAGUGGGCUACAGUCCCAUGACCCCUGGAGCCCCCUCUCCUGGAGCCUACAACCCGCAUACCCCUGGUUCCAACAUCGAGCAAGGCAGUAGUGACUGGGUGACCACGGACAUCCUGGUCCGGGUCAAAGACUCCUUCAUGGACUUGAUGGGACAGACCGGGGUCAUCAGGAGUAUCACGGUGAAGGUGAUUCUGGGUGAGGACCGUGAGGCCACCGGGAUCCUGCUCAGUAUUGACGGAGACGACGGAAUCGUCCGCAUGGAGAUGGAUGACCUGCUGAAAAUCCUCAACCUGCGCUUCCUGGGGACGCCUUGAACACUGAGAGGCGAGACAGACCGGCCGACAGACACGCCGCUAAACAAACACACAGACUUGGAUACACACAAGUUUAGACGCACACAUAUACAGAGCUGUUCAACGUCCCGUAUUUCACACCAGGAUGUAAGUUUGACCCCUUUUUGUGAGCUUGUCAGCCGCUCCUGCUGAGUUGUGAUGCGUUGACGGCGCUGGGUGAACGGCGUGGCGGGAGGCGCCGUAGUCAUCAUGUUGUUCUUUGUGUGUGAUCCAGAACCCUCGGUUUAGUUCCCGUCAUUGAUACCCCGCUGCUGUCCAGGUGCAGCUCGUCAGCAAAUGGUCUUUGGGUUUUAAUACGGGACAUUUAACAAGGACGCCCGUGUGUGAGUGUAUUAUGUGUCUGCCGUUUUUCAUCCCCGUUCAUGUCAGCAGCCCCUUGUUCUCUUUCCCACCCUGUAUUUUUAUUUUUUCAUUUCCUGCAGUAAAUUGGCAGGUAUUGUUGUAUUUGGGGGUUUUUUAGGCUAGCGGUUGGAAUCUGUGUUGUGUUGUCCUGUCGACAGGAUUUACAGCCUGUUAUUUUUUGUUUAACGUGUUAUUAAACUGUCAGGCAGUUCA